GAGAGGGAGCAAUGACCCUUUGGGCCUGGGGAAGCAGGCAUGUGUAUCAGUGGGGGACACUCUUCACUACUACUAUAUCAUUACAAACUUCCCCCUGUGAAUUAUUGUGCUGAAUGACAUAUCAAUGAAAAAGAAGAUUAUUUCAAGAAAGCCAAAUAUUUUAAUAGUAAGUGCUAGCUUCCCCUAACACCUACUUUGUUAUUUCUCCUUUUUUUACUUUAGUAUCAUCCCAUGCACUAAACUCUUGUUAUAUCGGGAUCUAGGAAAGUACCAAAUCACAAAUAUUUAUUAUUCGCAAUCUUAUUCUAUAUUUUUGCAAGAAGUCAUCGAUUUCACAGUUCGAACUCAUAACCUACUCGUCAGCACCUUUACCCAUUACGCCAAAUCCCUUCCUCCUUUUUUCACUGUUGAACCUUUUUUUUUUUAAUAAAAGGAUUGGUAGUUUCUCUAGUACUGUAUAACUUAAAAAUGUAAUCUGCAGCCAAAAGGGUCCACUUGGAAGUCACAAGACAUGUUUUCAAGCCCUUUUAAACCUCAAUUUAAGUACAAGAAUUUUUAGUUGUUCUAGUUUUAUACAUAUUGUAGCUUCUUCUUCUUCUUCCUCUGUUGUUGAAACAUGCCUAAACCUGGUCCAAGACCCUAUGAAUGUGUUAGAAAAGCUUGGCAUAGUGAUAGACACCAACCCAUCAGAGGUUCCCUUAUUCAAGAAAUUUUCAGGAUUGUGAAUGAGAUACAUGGCUCAGCAACUAAGAAGAAUAAGGAAUGGCAAGAGAAGCUCCCUAUAGUUGUCUUGAGAGCUGAGGAAAUUUUGUAUUCCAAGGCCAAUUCUGAGGCUGAAUAUAUGGAUCUUAAAACUCUUUGGGAUAGAUUGAGUGAUGCAAUUGACACUGUUAUUAGAAGAGAUGAUAGUACUGAAUCAGAAUCUAGAGACCUCUUACAACCUUGCAUUGAAGCUGCUUUGCAUUUGGGUUGCUCUCCAAAAAGGUCAUCAAGAAGCCAAAGGAACAGUUCUCCAAGAUAUUAUCUAAGCCCUUUAACUCCAGAGUCUAAUUCUGGAAAUUCCCAUGACAGAAUUAGAGGAAAUCCUAUUCCUAGUAGUCCAUUUGUCUCCAAAGAUCAUAAAUUUUUAUCGGCUACAGUCAAAAAUCCAAACCCUUCUAGCUCAGAAGCUAACAAAAUGUUUCCUUUCUCAACUCUGAAAUUUCCUCCAUCUGUUGGUAUACAAACUUUGCCAAUGCAGACUGCUCGUGCCUCACCUAAUUCUUGCUCUAUGUAUCCUUUGUAUUACGGUUCUCAAUUUGAACCUUCUGGUAACAAAUUUGGCUCUAGACGUGAUCCCGAUUCAAAUGCUAUGCUUGUGGAUGAGAACAAGAAGUUUGCUCCAAGAAAUCCUCGGUCAAGUAACUUAAACGCUUCAAAAGUAGCUUCUCGGGCAGAUUGUGAAGAUGUAAUUGGGUGUGACUUAUCGCUGCGUUUGGGUUCUUUUGUGGUUCCGUGCACUAGUGUUGACAACACUUUGCCUGAGGAGAACAAAGGUGGUGAUAUAUGCAACUUGAAUGAUCUAACUCCACAAUUCAACAGAGGUUUGUCUUUCUUCUUAAAGGAAAAUGCUGAUAAAAAUCAGCUUGAAUCAUCUUCAAGAAAAACGAGUUCCAAUGGCAAAAAUACGAAAGUAGCAUCAGUUUUGGAAAAGCGAAAACUCGUUGAGGAUCAGCAGAUUUAUUGGCCGGUGAAGCUCCCGUUUAACAAGUUCAGGUCAUAGGUUAUUAACUUUAGUUUCAGUAGUUACUUUGACAAAUUUUGGAAUAGGAAAGUGAUAGUCUGUGUCUUGUAGUCUCCUAGCUGUAGUUUUGUAUUUGCUUUGAUGAGGUUUGUUUGUAACUUUGUAUGCUGCAAACUGCUCCUUUUUGAAGUGUUUAAAUUCAAUGAGUUCCAAAUCCUUGAAGAAAAAUCCAGUGGUACUUUCUUUGUCCACUUGACUUUUACAUUCAAGAUCCACCGACCUACCAAAAAAGGGUAGCCCGGUGUAUUAAGCUCCCGCUAUGCGCGGGGGAAAGGCUGGACCACAAGAGUUUUGUUGUACGCAGCCUUACCCUGCAUUUCUGCAAGAAGCUGUUUCAACGGCUCGAACCCGUGACCUCUUGGUCACAUGACAUCAGUUUUACUAGUUACGCCAAGGCUUCCUUCACACGAUCCAUGGCCAUAAUGGUCCAAAAAUUAGACCACACUAAAGACUGUGGCAGUAAUAACGUGGUGGGAGUAAGGAUGAAGUGAUUGAUUAAGAAGGUCGUGUUGCUUUUGAAGUGAAAUGAAGGGUCUUUUUCAGAAAAGUGCCACUUUUGAAGUGUUGAUAUCAAUGAAUUCCAAAUCCAUGUAGAAAGAUCAAGUGCUACUUUCUUUGUGAACAAGGCUGUUUCUCUGCUCUUAAUCUUCAUUUGGUAUAUCUGUACUUUUAAAGAGAGAUGGGGGCUGGGAAGGAGGCAUCUGCUUGUGAUUCUUGCAUAAACCCCACUUGGAUUGUACAUUCAAGAUCCAUCAACAAAGCCAAAUGGUCCCAAAAGAAAAAGAUAAGACCACACUAUACAUACACUGUAGAAGUAAUGAAGUAGGGUGUAAGGGGAUGAAAUUAUGGACAGGGACUUUGUUGCUUUCCAACUGAAGUGAAGGAUCAUUUCACAAGAUCUGGUUACUGAAAUGGGGAUAACUGGACCCCCUUCUACUAGUAUUUUCUUUAUGUACACCCUAUGUUUACACGAAACCAAUUAGUGCAAAACAUAGUGUAAGCAUUUAUUAGGAUAAGUGAUGUACUUUCAUUUUAGUUAUUUACUAGUAAGGUUAAAUUGCUAGAUUACGUGUUAACACAUAGUGUAAGGGGUCAUUUUUGUUGGGAAACAAGUUAUCCCAGGAUUAAUUAUCUCGGGAUUAGUUAUCCCAUAAAAAUAACACUAUAAUCCUGGGAUUAGUUAUUUUUAUCCCAACCAAAUGU